AGCCGUAGCACUAAAGAUGAACUUAAUUCAGAUUGUGCGUGACCACUGGGUACAUAUAUUUGUUCCUAUGGGAUUUGUUGUUGGAUGUUAUCUAGACAGAAAGAAUGAUGAAAAGCUAACUGCCUUCCGAAACAAGAGUGUAUUAUUUAAAAGGGAAUUGAGACCCAAUGAAGAAGUCACCUGGAAGUAAAGGCUGUGAUUAAAUUGCAGAAUGUUCACAUUUUUUUUAAUUAUGAGAGAAAUAAAAAUAUACUCAUUAA